GCGCGCGCGCACACACACACACACACACACACACACACACACACACACAGAGGUCCGGCGGGGCCAGACGUCUGGGCGCGGGCAGCCUCUUGAUCCUUUAACAGUCCCGUUCUACCCUCUCAGGCCUCCUCUCCCCCCACAAAAAGCCCAAUUGUUUCUCCUCAGAAUUUGAAACAAUCGUGUUGAGUUUGAAAAGUGCCCGGCUCCCCCUUUUACGAGCCAUAAACGGCGCACUGCUUGGCGGUCUUCGCCAGAACCUAGGAGCUUGGAAUGGGGGAGGGCAAGGGAAGCCGGUGUCAGUACGGAAAAAAAAAGCUUAUGGUUUCCUUUCUCCUCCUCACCCCCUCACCUUGCUUUUUUUUUUUUUUAAGCUUAUCUGCACAAUUUCAUGAACCAUUUCCUGAUUUCCGAUGGCUUUUCUCUCGCCUGCUCUCGUUUCCCUCUCCCUUUUCUGCCAAUAAUGAAAGUUUUUCCAGCUUGUCGCCUGGGUAGCUGGCUCUGGAGAAACUGGCCGAGCCGGUGACGACGGCGCCUUUUCUUAUGAUGGCCGCUAGAUGGCACCCUUGCUCCACGUGAAAAUCCCCUGUGCGGCGGCUGCGGGCGCUGGCGGCUGCACCGCGCACCUUGGUCGACCCUCAAUCUACGAACUGAGCGCUACCAAAAAGUCAUGAAUAAUUUGCGCGUAAUAAAAAUAUACGAUUCAUUAUGGCCGUUUCCCUCAUUUUAUAGAUUUCAGAUGUAGUGGUGUUGCUCCCCUCUCCUCAAAUGGACAAUUUUCUGAAUUUCCCCCAGGAGGAGGGCUCUGUGCUUCUCACCCAGUUUCUGGGUUCUGUGGGGGAACAAAUGCAUGACAACGGUGAAUAGUAGCAGCAGCAGCAAUAGUAGUAGUAGUAGUAGAAGUAAUAGUAGUAGUAGUAAUUGUAGCAGCAGCAGCAGCAGUAGUAGUAGUAGUAGUAGUAGUAGUAGUAGUAGUAGUAAUAGGAAUAAUGGGUCUAAAUAAAAGAGGAAAAAUUGUUCUGGAAAAUAAGAUUUUCCAGGGCUAGAAGCGACAGGAAUGUCUGCGGAUGCGGGUGAGCAGGUCAGGUGAGAGGGGAAGAGACGGCAGAAGAAGGUCGGAUGGAGAGGAAACUGCCCGAAACGUGCUGCUGGGAUCAGCAGAAGAGGGAACCGGGCCCAGCUGAAUCCGUGCCCCCCAUCCAGACAAACCUGCGCGAGAAAUAGAUUCUGCCCCCUCCUUAAAAUUAGCCCCGCUGCAGCCUCUGCUCUCUUCCCCCAGGAGCGGGUACGAAGAGGAAUUUCUGGCACGGUGUAGGGAUGAUUUAGAACAAGCCAUUGAAUUUCUACCUCACCGGCGCUCUCUCGCUCUAGCUCUCUCUCUCGCUCGCUCUCUCUCGCUCUCACCCUCGCUCUGCGUUCUGUCCGGGAGGAGUACGGAGAAGCCAAUAGGAUGCGGGGUCUCUAAUGGAUGCAAAUGAUCAUGAAAAGACAGUGCAAAAUAUGAAACAACUCAUUUGCAGGGAAGUAAAUCACCGAAAACUGUUUAUGAACUGGCAUCCCUUCUUCGAAAUGUAAAGCGAGGACCUCUUUAAGUGGCGCCCCCAACUACAGCCGUCGCCGCCGCCGCCGCCUCAAAAUUCAAUAAAAUGAGCUCUUAUUUCGUCAACUCACUGUUCUCCAAAUACAAAACCGGGGAGUCCCUGCGCCCCAAUUAUUAUGACUGCGGCUUCGCCCAGGACCUGGGCGGCCGACCCACCGUGGUGUACGGUCCCAGCAGCGGCGGCAGCUUCCAGCACCCGUCGCAAAUCCAGGAGUUCUACCACGGGCCGUCGUCGCUGUCCACGGCUCCCUACCAGCAGAACCCGUGCGCCGUGGCGUGCCACGGGGACCCGGGCAACUUCUACGGCUACGACCCGCUGCAGCGGCAGAGCCUGUUUGGUGCGCAAGAUCCAGACCUGGUGCAGUACGCCGACUGCAAGCUCGCUGCCGCCAGCGGCCUGGGCGAGGAGGCCGAGGGUUCAGAGCAGAGCCCGUCGCCCACCCAACUCUUCCCCUGGAUGCGCCCUCAAGCAGCCGCUGGACGCAGACGAGGCCGACAGACCUACAGCCGCUACCAGACCCUGGAGCUGGAGAAGGAGUUCCUAUUUAAUCCCUAUCUGACUCGCAAGCGGCGGAUCGAGGUGUCGCAUGCGCUGGGACUGACAGAGAGACAGGUCAAAAUCUGGUUCCAGAACCGGAGAAUGAAGUGGAAAAAAGAGAACAACAAAGACAAGUUCCCCAGCAGCAAAUGCGAGCAGGAGGAGCUGGAGAAACAGAAGCUGGAGCGGGCCCCGGAGGCAGCGGACGAGGGCGACGCGCAAAAGGGCGACAAGAAAUAGGCUCCAGCUGGGACUGUCAGGGCCGCGACCACCCUCCGUCCGCGGGUCCCUGGACCUCGCCGCCGUCGCCUGCCCGAGAGAGCUCUGGCCCCGGGAGCCGGCCCGGAGCCUGGCCUCCCACCGCAGCGUCCCCGCCGCGCCAGUCCCCGCUAGUGGUAGUAUCUCGUAAUAGCUUCUGUGUGUGAGCUACCGUGGAUCUCCUUCCCUUCACUUGGGGGCCAGGGGGAAAGACAAGGAUUGUAAGCAAGGACUCCCUCGCCUAGCGAGGGUGAGCGGCUGCGGCUUGGCUGAGCCCCCCUCCCCCACGUCCCCGCCCUGUGUAAAAAGCCUCCUUGUGCAAUGGUCUCUUUUCCUUUGAACGUGCUUCUUUGUAAUGACCGAGGUACUGAUUUCUGCUAAGUUCUCCCAACAACAUGAAACUGCCUAUUCACGCCGUAAUUCUGUCUCCCUCCCUCUGCGCCUCUCUCUCUCUCUCUCUCUCUCUCUCUCUGUAUAUAUAUUCUCUCUCUCUCUCUCUCUCUCCCCCUUACUCAUUUCCCCCUCCCACCCCUCUGUCCCCGCUGCCCUCCCUAGCUCGCUGGUUUUCUCUAUAGCUUCUCUCUUUUCCUUCCCUCACGCCCCGCCUUUGGUUUGACAAUUUUGUCUUAAGUGUUUCUCAAAAGAGGUUACUUUAGUUAGCAUGCGCGCUGUGGGCAAUUGUUAAAAAGUGUUCUUAGGUUUACUGUGAAGAGAAUGUAUCCUGUAUCCGUGAAUUGCUUUAUUGGGGGGAGGGAGGGCUAAUUAUAUAUUUUGUUGUUCCUCUAUACUUUGUUCUGUUGUCUGCGCCUGAAAAGGGCGGAAGAGUUACAAUAAAGUUUACAAGCGAGAACCCGA